AUUUUAUUUAACAGGUCGUGUCAUUUUUAAUGAUAUAUUCCUUUCUCCGCAUCUCAUGUGUUCAAUGGAAACAUUAUAAUAACCUGAUAUGGCAAUCGUAUUCUAAAAUGACCUUCUGUGCAAUGGAUAUUAUAAUUACUUGUUGUGAACAUUUACAUCAAAAACAUUAUGAUGCGUUUAUUAAGUAUUAUCCAUGCUGUCAUCUUUUCCGCAGUUUUAACUGCCCCCUUAAUACACUCGCUGAAGAUAGCAAGCGCACUAGGGGUACUGGAAUGGACCCCCGAGCUUAUCGCAAAGGAAGAUUACUUCAAAGGAGACGUUGAUAUUGUAAAUGGUGGAAUCGCCAGUCUAUACAGUGAUCCGACAGUAGAUCUUGGGUCGAAUUCCGAGACUCAGUUGCUCCUACAGUUUGGAUCUCACAAAAACCUUCGAACCAUUGGCACAGUGGCGGAAGUUUAUUAUAGAAUUGUCGCCAAUAGGAAAUCUGAAAUCAGCUCUCUUAUGGAUCUUAGAGGGAAAAGAAUUGGCGCUGUUAGGUCGACAUCGUCUGAAUAUUUUAUUCAGGUAUAUCUUGCUACAGUUGGACUGAAACCAGCGGACUAUACAAUCGUUAAUGGACUCGGAUGUCUCCAAGAACCCUGCGGUGCCGGCACUUUCCCUACUAUGCUGAGAGAUGGGAAGAUUGAUGCCAUCGGGAUGUGGGAGCCGUCGGUACAACUUGGCGCGGAUGCCCUUGGGUCUGAUGCAGUUGUCUUCGGAGGUAAUCAAACCACUUAUCGAGAAAUAUAUAAUCUUGCUACUACAGCCGAGAAACUCAACGAUGCGAAGACGAGGGACGAAAUUGUCCAAUUCUUAAGGGCCUUGAAGCAAGCAGAGAAUAUUUUCCGGAGCGAUCCCCAGAAAGUCAUAGAUCGGGCCGCAGAAGCCGUCAAGACCAAUGGCACUCUCUUAGAGGCAGUAUGGCCAGUUCAUAGAUGGGAUGUGCAUAUACCAUCAGAUAUGUUGGACGUAUUAGUCGACGAGGAUAAGUUUGUGGCCCCCAACAGCGGAAGACAAGCCCUUCCAAGAGAGAGUAUCGCUACUCUCAUAGACUCGAGCGUCUUAGAUGAAGCUCUUCAGAUUUGAAACGUACGCCGGGAAGCACUUUUCCCCAUAGUGCUGCUAUGGCGAUGUGGUUAUUAAGGUCCUUUCUGAGAAAGGGAAUAUAUAUGAUAAUGCAGUCGCUCUCGAGUAUGCGGUGCACGCAGUUCCACUUCAAGUCGCUGCCAUGAUUACGGUCGGAUAUCGAGAUCUCGAAGUGCAAAAUUGGUCCACGUAGGACCCAAGAAACAUUUAAUAAGAAAAUACUCUUGGUUGAUUUUUUUGGGGUCGGCACCAGGUUUAUGCGGUAUUUGCAUGAAGCUAUUUCACACUUGAGCAAAUGAUUAAUUUACUUGAAGCUGCUAGUGGUAGGAUGCCAUUUAUGGCACGGGUUUACUAUGUAUACAUGUC